AUGUUCCGCUUUGUUUUAAUAUUAGCAUUGUUGGGUGGCUCUCGGGCUAAUCCAACAAGUGAUAUAGAUGAUAUACUAAAAGAGUAUCCAAAUUCAGUUGUGGAAUUUAGUGAAUUUAAUGAUGGAGAUCUAACUGUGCCUGAAUUGAUAGAAAAAUAUGGAUAUCCAGUGGAAACGCACCAUGUGAUAAACAGUGACGGAUAUAUAUUGGAGCUGCAUAGGAUACCUUAUGGCAAAAAUCAAAAUUCGACUAUUAAACGACAAGUCGCUUAUUUACAACACGGAUUGUUGUGUUCGUCAGCUGAUUGGGUCAUCGCUGGACCAGGAAAAGGACUUGCUUAUUUAUUGGCUGAUGCUGGAUAUGAUGUGUGGUUGGGCAAUGCAAGAGGUAACGUCUAUUCUAGAAGACAUGUGACUUUGGAUCCUGAUAGUGAUGCGAAAAAAUUCUGGGACUUCUCUUGGCAUGAAAUUGGCACUGUCGAUGUUCCAGCAAUGAUUGAUUUCGCUUUAGAACAUACCGGCCAAAGUAAAUUAUUCCAUAUUGGUCAUUCGCAAGGAACAACAACGUUUUACGUUAUGUGUUCAGAGAGACCGGAAUACAAUGACAAAAUCAUUGCUCACUUCAGUUUGGCUCCAAUUGCUUUCAUGAAACACAUGACCAGUCCUUUAUUACAAAUUGUAUCUAUUUUCCCUGGCGGUCUCGAAGCUGCGUUAAAAGUUAUCGGCAUGAACGAGUUUUUGCCAAACGAUGGACUUUUAAGUAAUGUUUCAGAAGCAUGGUGCGACAAGUCCAUUUUACAAUCUGUAUGCACCAACGCGAUAUUCGUGCUUUGCGGUUUCAAUAAAGCACAAAUGAAUACGACUCUUUUGCCCGUCAUUCUGAAACACACUCCAGCUGGUGCUGCAUCCAAACAAGUAAUACAUUACAUCCAAGAAAUUAAAUCAGGUUUCUUCCGACAGUACGACUAUGGUUUAAUUAAAAACAUCAAAAUCUAUAACAAAUUCAGUCCACCAAACUAUAAACUUGCCAACAUUGAUGCACCAAUUUACAUGUUCAACAGCAAAAACGAUUGGAUGUCUGCCGAAGUCGAUGUAAACCGUUUGUACAAUGAGUUACCAAAUGUCCAAGGAAAGUUUUUGGUUACGGAUCCAAAAUGGAACCAUUUGGAUUUUAUUUGGGGCAUCCAAGCUCCAGAACUUCUUUACAAUAAAGUCAUCAGUUUAAUGUCUGACCUGUAAUUCACACUAAAUACGCAUUUUCGAAUAACUGAAAUAUUAUGAUGAAAAAAAUAAAUAAAUUACAUAUUAAGUGUUUAUAUUGUA